AUGGUAAUGAAAGGCAUCGCCUUCGCAGUGCCAUGCAACACAACCAUUACUCCACUCCCGGCCGGGUCCUGCGAUACGCAACUUCACACCUUCGACCCGGUCAAACAUCCCUAUGAGACGGACUCUCCCUACUUUCCCCCGGCAUCCAGCGUCGAGUCGGCGCUGGCACGGCUCGCCGCCGACAAUUUCGUUUUCGUCAUGGCGAUGCCUGAAGGCACACGGCCGGCUGAACGUGCUCGAGAGUGUGGCGCGCGUGCGACGGUCGUGCUCGACUUCGCCAACAUCGACGACACGCAGCUGCGCGCGCUGCACGAGCAGGGCCUGCGGUCGGCGCUGGAGCAGCACAUCGAGAUAGUUGCGCGGGGGAUCGCACCGCUGAGGUGGAAAUUAGACGAGCAGCUCCGCGCGGAGCAAUGGGUCAGAUUCGCUCCGCAGAUGAAAUGGCCCCACGCCGAGAUUGGCAUCAAAUUCGUCGGCGACCACCACUUCUACCUCAAGGCUGCUGACUAUGGCUCUGAGAAUUAUACGGCCAUCAUAGACCUAAUCGAGAACGGGGCCGCAUACACCAAGAUGUCUGGCCUCACGCAGCGUCUCGACCCCGGCCAGGACCUCGAGAAAAUGCGGCGCGUAUCGCUGCGGCUGGCAAGUGCGGCGGCCGGCAGUAGGGCCGUCUACGGGAGUGACUGGCCGCACGUCGUGUCGAGCGGGCAGUCGAGCGAGGUCUUCAUGUUUGGCGAGAAGGGAGAGGCGGCGACAUACCGGCGGUAG